AUGUCGAGCGAAGCCUCUGCUCCCGCUGCCGCAGCCGUUGCUGCUCCCGUCUCGGUCGAGGCGAACCACACAAACACCGCUUCCGCGCCAGAAUCCUCAUUCGGCGCCUCCAUCCUGGGCCAGAAGGAGGCGUCUCUUCCGGAAUCCGUCGUCGUCGCCGCUGAACCCGAAGCUGAUGCCGCGGCCAGCGUAGACACUACGGGACAGGACGCUGCUGCCGUCGCUGCCGCCGCUGCUGCGGCUGCUGCAGCUGACGCUUCCAGUGCUGCGCAGACCAUCACUGAGCUCGCUACCGCAGCCACCAAUGCUGCUGCUAGCGCCGCUACUUCCACCGACGCCGACGCCACAGCAUCCACUGCUGACGCCGCCAAUGUUGCUCUUGGCGCGUCCGGCGAGGCCGAUGAGGGACAGCAGGAUGGCGAGGCUCCCGCCGAGGAGACCACCUCUGGCCUCCCUCGCAACGUCGAAUCCGAGCUUCGCGAGAUCUACUCGGUCGCCAGCGCCAUCGCCAACUUCUCCGUCGCCCACGUCAACCAGGUCAGCCUCCCCACGCCCCAAAAGGUGCGCACCAUCAUCCAAAAGGCGCUCAAGCUCACCUCGUCCCUUAGCAUGCUUCUCGCCCAGCCAGAGAUCGCGCUUCGACAGCUCGACGCCGACGAGCACGGUAAGCGUCCCGCCGAAUCCAAGCUCGAUUCGGCUCGCAAGCGUCAACGCUCUUCCGACUGGGACGGCAACAAAGGCGCUCCCGGCUCUCCCUUCACUCCCAGCUCCGGUCUCCGCGUCUUCCCGGACGGAUCGCUGCCCACGUCGUUCCCUUCGCCGGGCUUUGACGGCGAUGCCAAGGGCCCCCAGUACAAGAAGCGCAGUCGUGCACCUGCGCCCGGCUCCUGCCAAGCCUGCGGGUCCAGCGAGACGCCCGAAUGGCGUCGAGGUCCCGAUGGCGCACGCACGCUCUGCAACGCCUGCGGUCUGCACUAUGCCAAACUCGUGCGAAAGCGCGUGCAGCAGGACGGCGGUGAAGUCCCCUCUCCCAGCCAGCCACCUCCUCAGCCCAGCCUGGUGAGCCUCGAAGAGCUGCGUGCGUCGACCAAGAGCGCCGAGGCCGCAGCCGCUGCUGCAGGUCUCUCAUCCUCGAGCUCUUCCAAGUCGCUCAACGGCACGCCCAUCAAGGGCGACAGGAGCGGAGCGUGGGAUACUCCCAGCAAGCCGCCCCGUGUCGCCUCGUCGCUCGGCAGCAGCGUGCUGUCUGGCAGCGACGAGGUCGCCCCGCCUCCCGCUGCGCUCGAGACGACCGCCGCACAGACGACGGGCAUCGUCGAGCCCGCUCCCACGCCCGCGGCCGGUAUUCCAGAGCCAGCCGCCCCUGCUGCCGUACCCGAGCCCGUCAUAGCCCCCGAGCUGGCGGGCGAGAGCGUCCCAGCAUCCAACCCCAACCUCCACAGCCAAGAGCGACCCAUGGAGACGGAUCAGUGA